AUGGACUCAAAAGCUAUCAAGCAGGAGAGAAGCCAACCAAUAGGCGACGAAAGGGAAGGGAAGAAGGAGGGAGCCAAACACAGAUUCUGGAGUGUUGUUAAGGACAAGGCCAAAGAGUUUGAAAUGACAGUGCUAGCUGGAGGCUUUCAAAGUGUCUUGAAGCUCUUUGCUAGGACUUUUAAGAAUUUUGAGUAUGAAGUUAAAGAGGCUUUCAAGCGUGAGGAUUCCGAGAGAUGCAAUGCAAUUCUUGAACAAGUCAGGAUGAUCAACAAAAGCAUUAUGUGAGAGAACUUUAAAAAGAACAUUACAACUAGUGAGAUUUCCAAAGAUGGUAGUUUGGCAUUUGAGCUUUUGUACGAUAGCUCUCUGAUAGAUCUAUCUUGCAAUAUAGUUAAAGAAGAACAGGAAGAAGAUAUUAAGGAAAUUUCCAACUCCACUUUCAUUAUUCCAAAAACAACUUUAGAUAAACAUACUCAGAUUCAAAAUGACAUUAGUAAAGAAAUGACUGAGAAUCAUAGCAAAACUUUAAAGCAAACAGAGCAAAAGUUCCAGGAGCAAAUCUACAAACUUAAUGAAAAUAUCAAGAGUUUAAGAGAACAAAAGGAAAAGAGUGACAAUCUUGCAUUCGAAUUUAGGUCAAAUAUCAGUGAUAAGGAAAAACAAACCAUUACGGAGAAAGAGUUGAAGGCAGUUUAUGAACAACUCUCAGCUUUAAAGUUGAAAUACCAGCAUCUUCAAACACAAAAUGGGGAUCUCCAAUUUAAACUCAAAACGGAGCACCAGCUAGUAAAGAAAACGAAGAAAGAUUUACAAAAAUUACUUUGAGAGUCAAUCUACCAGGGUAAUGUGCAAAAGAAGAGGCUGUUUGAUUCCAACUUUGCAUUUGAAUUAAGUUUUAAAAAUGAUAAACACAAGGAUCAGAUUGAUGCUUUCACAAGGACCCGUCUAAAACUGCCAGAUAUCAAAAGUAUUAAAAUUUCAGACAUCAACAAUCCUCAGUUAGAAAGUAUCAACAAGUUCUUGGAGAAGUCUUCCCCAGACUCUCUCCAGCUUCUGUGUUUGAAUUGGCAUGGGGAAGAACUACUGGAAGGAGCAAAGAUCAUUAAAGGUCUCAUUAACAGUUUACAUAAGAGUCACCAGAGAGGUUUAUUUGGUAAGUUUCGAGUUCCAGUCUUCUGGACUUGAGACUGUUAUCCAAAACUCUCACAACGCUAGCAGGCUUAUUUUCACGUAUUGUAAAGUGCAUACGAGACAGAACAUGAACUUUGGCAUCAUAAAGACCAAUAUUACUUACCUCAGUUUUGUCUGUUGUGGUUGGGGUUCCUCAGUCUGAAUGGAGUGGAGCGCCUACCCAGAAAGGUUUAAGUACAUAGUGGAGGCCAUCAGUAAGUCCUCUCUCAGAAAUACUUUGCAGACUUUGAACAUUCACUGUUGUAGAAUCACUAAGUCUAAAGCGGAGAAGAUGCUGAAAGUUCAUGGAUUGGGUAAUGUGGAAGUUGUAGGAAAGAAUAAUUACCCUCUGAGCUAUUAAGAUUUUUGAAUCAGUUUAGAAUGAGGAGAGGAUCGUUGGGAGUUUAAGAAUAAUUUUGAAAAGUGUUUAU